GCCGGAAUGAACCAUAAAAGUAAGAAGAGGAUCAAAGAGGCGAGGCGAAAUGCCAGACCCGAGUUGAAGGAUUCGCUGGACUGGACCAAACACGACUACCACGAGUCCUUCGACGUGUCGCACCGCACCGUGAAGGACAACGUGGAGCGCGUGGAUGUCCUCCACCUCAGCCCCGACGAGUUCAUCCGCCGCUUUGAGCGUCCCUACCGGCCAGUGGUGCUGCAGGGCUGCCAGGAGGCGUGGCCCGCCCGCGAGAAGUGGACCCUGGAGCGCCUCAAGCGUAAGUACCGCAACCAGAAGUUCAAGUGCGGCGAGGACAACGACGGCUACUCUGUGAAGAUGAAGAUGAAGUACUACAUGGAGUACCUGGAGACCACCAGGGACGAUAGCCCGCUCUACAUCUUUGACAGCAGCUACGGAGAACACGCCAAGCGGCGAAAGCUGCUGGAGGACUACCAGGUGCCCGUCUUCUUCAGGGACGACCUCUUCCAGUUUGCGGGGGAGAAGCGCCGCCCACCUUACAGGUGGUUCGUGAUGGGCCCGGCUCGCUCCGGUACCGGCAUCCACAUCGACCCGUUGGGCACCAGCGCGUGGAACGCUCUAGUCCAUGGACACAAGAGGUGGUGCCUGUUCCCCACCAACACGCCCCGCGAGCUGAUCAAGGUGUCUAGAGAGGACGGGGGCAACCAGCAGGACGAGGCCAUCACCUGGUUCAACGUGGUUUAUCCCAGAACGCAGCAGCCCAACUGGCCUCCGGAGUUCACGCCGCUGGAAAUCCUCCAGAGACCCGGGGAGACGGUUUUUGUGCCCGGCGGCUGGUGGCACGUGGUCCUCAACAUGGACACCACUAUCGCCGUCACUCAGAACUUCGCCAGCACCACCAACUUCCCAAUCGUGUGGCACAAAACGGUCCGAGGGCGACCCAAACUCUCCAGGAAGUGGUACCGGGUCCUGAAGCAGGAGAGGCCCAACUUGGCGGCGCUGGCGGACAAAGUGGACCUCCAGGAGGCGACGGGCAUCGCAUCGGACUCCUCCAGUGACUCCUCGUCUUCUUCCUCCAGCUCCUCUGACUCUGAGGCGGCGUCGGGCUCGGAGGGCGGCGCCGUGUCCCACCGCAGGAAGAAGAGGCGUACCGGCGUGGUGGCGGUUAACGGAGACGCCAGCGGACAGGACGACUGCGUCAGCAAGGAGAGGAGCUCGUCACGGUGACCUCCGACCUGCAGCAGGCGACUUGGCUGCUUCCUGUCUAAUGUACCACGAGGGAGGAAGGGUGGAGGUCUGGAGGUCCUUUGUCACCUCUGUGCCUUCAGUCCACCAGAUGAAGGGGAGGGGGGGGGGGGGGCUUUUAACUUGACUGGACCCCCUUUAAACCUCUCUGUCAAACCCCUAACAAUCACGUCAUCAACGAUUAAAGCACCACCGAAGAAGAGACGAGCUCGUUAAGCCUCUGAACCUCAAACGAUUUCUCUUUGAUCUCGUUCUACUACGUGUUCUAAUCCAACUAUUAGUUCUACUUAUAAUAGAAACCUCUUGAGUGAUCACUUUAUUCAUGGUCACAUGACUGCUGGUCUCGGGAGCAUCUAUUAUGAUGUCAUAGUUUCCCCGAGGAAUCUGAUUAAUGGUUUAUUUGAGGAUUUUUUAAAUGAGACGAGAAGAAUAAAAUGUGUGAGAUCAGAUGUAAAUUCAAGCUUUCUUUGUUUUUUUCUUCUCAUGUGAUGUGUUCAAUGACCCUCAGAAAGAGGACGACUGUUCUGCAAUGUGGCUUUAGGGCUAAAUGAGUUCAAGUCACAUGAUGGAGAAAUGGAGUGAUCGUUUCCAUAAGUGCAAACUAAAGGGAAUCCAGUUUAAGCAGUAGAUUUGUUCAUUGAUCGGAUCGUUUGAUAACAGAAAUAUUUCCUCAUUGAUCCGCUGACUCAAAGUCAACUACAAUGUCUAAAUGUUUAUUUCAAGAUAUAAAGUUCACCAAAACUCAGAUGAUUGCAAAACCUGCAGAGUUGUUGUAAUGUUUAGAAAAAGUUUGGGACAAUCUGACGAUCCACUUUUACCUAAUCAAUAAAGUUCAAAUCAUUUAAAAAAACAACACUGAACAUAAUUACAGGCAGAUCUUUUAGUUUAAUCAUUAUUUCAAAGAGAAUGAUUAACGUUAUUGGGUUAAUGAUCCGUGGCUUUGGACUGAAGUGCCUCAACAUGCGUGUUGUCCCUGAAGGCACCGCGUCGGUCUGUGAGGUCGGUCACGUGGUGCCUUCAGGGCUUCUGAGCUGAUCUGGAAUCAGAAUGACUCCAUGUGAUCGGUUUGAUUUUGUUGGUCAAUAAAAUGUUUUCUAUGACUGAUCAA